CGUUUCCAGAGUCGACGUUUUUGCAACCACGUCAAGGCAUAAUUACAAAAAAUGAAGUCUGCUUUUUCUCAUCCUUGCGGUAUCGCUGUGUCUACGGUUCACAGACGCUGUGCUAGUACAGCAGGUGUAUAUGCUCAGAGCGUCGCUACAAGUUCUCCUUCAAGUACAUCACAAGCAACUGGAACUGGCUCGUCUUCGCUCCCACAGCCACCGGUUGCGCCCACUACGAUCACGAGUAUGACCGGGUCCCUGCGAGACCUUGCAUCUGCAGUUUCUUUGGGAAAUGGCGCUUGGCGUCCUGAGGAUCUUGCGCGUCGACUUUGUGUGGUAACAAAAUCUCUAGAGCUCGAAACCGGAACAUCAACAUCGAGCACCGCGACUACGUUUCAUAAGAACGAUAAUGGAACAAGGUAUAGCACGUCUAGGAGUAAUGUGCCUGUUGGAGGUUUCACAGGACCAGAUCCACUCCAAAAGGAUGCUUUUGCCGCUUGCAAGUCGCCAAAUCCAAGGCUGGCUGCGCAUAGCAGUAGUUCGAUUAGCAGUGGAGCGAAGAUCCUUGAGGAUCACAAGCAUUUGGAAAAGAUAGGUGAAUAUUUUGCGUCUCUUGCAGACCGAAGAACGCUAGCACCAGCAGUCACACAGACGGUGUGCUGCGCGUUUGCACGGCUCGGCUUCAGGCAUGAUCGCUUCUUCAAGAGUGUGCAGACAGCAUUUCUUUCAUCUCCGAUGCGGCUACAAAGUUUACCCGACUACGUCCUCUGCAAUUUGGUGAACGCUUUCGUUCGUCUCGGCUACGUGGAGGGCGCCUUUACAAAGUCGCGAGACCUUCAGCAGAGUCCAUGUCUAAGUCGCGCAAUAUUGGAGUCAGUUGACGGCUGUCUGACGUACAGCAAGCUUUCCACCACAGACGUCGUUUCUCUCUUAUACGCCUUUGCUCGAAUUGCGCCUGAGCGUGCUAGUAAAAGAAACGCGCCACCGUCUCCGCUAGCAUCCGUUUUCCGCAAUGGAGCGCGAACUUUGCGAGAACGUCAGGCAGCGAUGCCUGUCGAUCACGCGACAUCGCUCUUAAAUUCGUUUGCUCGCGCAGUGCAGCAACAUCAAUGCUUGCUCCAGCCAGUUGAGGCAGUUCCUUUAUCCCAGGAAAAGAGGAGUGACGAGUCGAUUGAUUCUCCAGUGAAUGACUUGCCGGGCGCAGGCAACACCGAAGAGAGCACAGUGGUCGACCAAACUCUCUUCGAUCACUUGGCUCAGAGCGUUCUAGUCGCAGGCUCUGCAUCCGCAGCUGAUAUUUCCGUCACGAUGAACGCAUAUGCGAAAGCAAACUGGUCGAGUCCACGGCUGUUUAUGAGAGGAUUUUUUGUUAUCUUGUAGCAUGUCGCGGCUCACUUCUAGCUGCUGUACUAAUUUUUAUGCAUGUUCAUGCUUAUGUUUCCUUUCUCUCGUAGAUGUAGACGUAAAAUCAUCCGCGUUCAUAAAAGUACAAGUCCUGGCGAACCGGAUGCUCGAAGAUGAGGGGCAGCGCGUAAUGGAGGCUUCCGCGGCGAAUCUGGUGCAGGUUGUCCACGCUUUGGCGCGGUUUGACGAGUUUCAUUAUGGCCUUUUGCAUGCCAUAGAGCGACGACUUCUUGACAUGAGGGCUACAGAGUCCGGUAGCGAUGGUCAGAACGGCGCGCAUGGGAGAGCGUCCUCAUCUAGUUCUUCUGCCUUGGACGGUGUUCCCAAAAUAGACGGCGCAGUUUCGGCUUUUUUUCCUUCUGCGAAAGAAAUUGCGAACAUUGCGCAUGGAUAUUGUCGUUUACGCACAGGCUCCAGGCCCUUCUUCGACCUGCUCUUCGCGGUCUUUGCCACGAAGAGGGCCGAUUGGGAUCCGCAAUCUGUGGCGCAGAUUCUAGACGUGUGUAGGAAAAGAUCUUUGGGAACGCCGGCAAGGGGAAAUAGUGGGGACAGCGAAACCUCAGCCACAGAAGUAGAAGUUGAUCAGCCUCGGCAGGGAAUUUUUCCAACCCACGAACGAGAUAGUAGUUCUCGAAGAAGAACCGCACAGGAACCAAGUGCCCAUAAAUCGGCGUUGUUGUCGAUGCUCGAAGAGUAUUUUGAAGAGAAUUUAGAGCAGUUCAACGCUGUGGCGGCGGCACAAGCGGCAACUAGCCUCGUGAUGAUGAUGCCAACUCCGGUGGCAGCGUCAAGUAUGCUUCGUGUUUUGGAGCGGGUUCACACAUUUAUGGCAGCUAUCUUGUUUGAGAGGCUCAGUUUACUUUCUGUCAAGUAUGAAUUUUUUUCUCUUUAUGCCUUGGUACAUCUAAAAAUACGAAGACAGGAGGCAUGUCACCUACUUGAUUAUAGCUUUCUUAGGGAGUAUGAUAGAAGCGCUGAAGGUGUCUAAUCAAGCUAGCGACAGAAAUCCGAAGGAAAGGCACAGUGGCAAGCACAGACGUCUACCUGAACAGUCGGGCAGAAUAAACAAGCCGAAUGCAGCGACUAUCAAAUAUGUGUCAAAGUUGUUGGAGCAUUACAAAACGCGUUUUCCUGAAGAAUGGGAAAAGCUACGCGCACGGGCUCAACCAGAGUGGAUUGAUACGUAUUUUUGAUACAUCAUCACACCCCAACGGGAGAUGAGGAAAGCAUCACACAUCUAACGAAGAGCAUAAAGAAGUCAAUAAGUUCUGGGUUUUGUUUUUUUUUGAAUCGCAUCUAAUCACACACUUUUGGGGUAUUUUUCCAUGUUCGUAUCGGACACCACGAGUCUCGCAGAUAAUGAAUUUUGAAGAGGUUUUUAUGGGAGAACACUGUGG